UUAAAUGCAAAAAAAUUGACAUCUUAUGAUUUGAUCAGAACAAAGUAGAAAUACAAAAAAAGAAAUAAAUUGAGAUAUCCUAAGGGGUUGUAAAUAUGUUUAUCAGUUGUUGAGUCUAUUUGAUUGAAUAAUCUACAUACAUACACAUAAUAACGUGUGAUAAAUGUCAAACAAUUAAAAUACGAGUAAUUAUUGUAAAAAGAGGUUAUGGUUCCAUAGAUACGGUGUAUAGUUUUAUGCACAUCGAAUCAACUAAGUGCUUUUUUUUUAUUGGUAAAAAGAGUGCUGAGUGUGGGGAGACUAAUUUGUUGGUUUAACGAUCAUAUGCAUGUUAUGAUUAGAUAUUCGCUCCGGAUUAACUCAGUCGUUAUAUCCAAUUUUGAAAUUCUUUAUCUUAAUUUCUAAAAUAUCAAUUACUAUUUCCAUUGCAGUUUUUUUUGGAUAUUAUUAUUCUAAAUUAAUAAUUUCUCAGAAAGUAAGAAUGGUUUUAUUAGGAGAACAAUUUCCAAAUUUUAGUGCUGAGACGAGUAUGGGAACAAUUCAACUUCAUGAAUGGCUUGAUAAUUCAUGGGGAAUUUUAUUCUCUCAUCCCAAUGAUUUUACACCGGUAUGUACGACUGAAUUAGCACGAGUUGUUCAAUUGUAUCCUGAAUUUCAACGAUUAGGGGUCAAAGUUAUUGCGUUAUCAUGCAAUUCUGUUGAAUCUCACAUCACUUGGAUUGAGGAUAUUAAAAGUUAUACAAAGAUGCAAGUAUCUAAAUUUCCAUAUCCUAUAAUUGCUGAUGAAUCUCGUACCAUAGCAACGUUACUGGGAAUGUUAGAUCCUGAUGAAGUUGAUGACAAUGGGAUUCCAUUAACGGCUAGAGCAGUAUUUAUAAUUGACCCACUCAAAAAAAUGCGUUUGUCUAUUUUAUAUCCUGCUACAACUGGACGAAAUUUUGAUGAGAUUUUACGAGUUAUUGAAUCAUUGCAAUUGACCGAUAGGCAUCGUGUUGCUACUCCAGUCGACUGGAAGAAAGGUGAGGACGUAAUGGUUCUUCCAACUAUACCUCCUGAAGAAGCCAAAAAAAUAUAUGGUGAUAAGAUGAAAUUAAUAAAUGUACCUUCUGGAAAGCAAUAUUUACGUAUAGUAGCACAGCCUACAGAUAGUUCAUAAUCUAUUGAAUUCAACGAAAAGAAUUAUAUUUUUUAAUAAAAUAAUGAUUAUAAUAACAGUGAAAAUUAUGAAUUUUCAUAUUAACUGCAUUUUGUUAUACUUUUUUUUAUAAAUAAACUUAUUGGAGUAUUGAA